GUAUUUAAAUUAAAGGCCCUUCGCAUCUUUCUGUUAACGUAAUCUACACACUUUAUUGACUACAUAUAUAAAAAGAUUUUCAAAUGGUGUUAUUACUAUCACACUUUUAUGAUAAUUAAUAAUUUUAUUAUUAAUAGGUUUACUUAAGAAGACAGUAAAUAUAUCAUUAACGAAGAACUUCUGUCAUACUUGUAAUUGUUAUCUUCAACGUACAACUCAAUACUCAAAUCAGUUCAUUUUUAGCCGCAUUCCUUCUCAGUAUAUGUAGAUAGCAGACAAUUUCUCAAAAUUACAGUUAUAGAUUUUAUGUCAACCCUAACUCCAACUGAAAUACUAUUCGCGGUAUUAUCACAGAUAGUUGACAUUCCGUUUUUGAUUUACAUACAUAUUAGUCAGUCCACGAAUUUAAUGUGUUUCCCUGACAAAUAAAGAACAACGAAGACUCUAGCAAGUGACACUUGGUUUUGCAUAAAACUUUCGUUACAAAGUAUGCAUGUACAUGAUUUUGUACUGAGGUAUCUCUUAUUUUUCUACACUAUUAUUUAUUUGCUAUCGAUUGCAUUAUUGCAAGAUUACAUAACGCAUCAUUGCAAAUGCAAACAAUUGUUUGCAAAUUGUUUGCAAUACAGAGAGGAAAUUAAAUGCAGAUGUCGCAUGACUAUCGAAGGAGCAAUAGAAUAUAGAAUGUAGAAUUUUAGAAAAUAGAAAAUGUUCUAGAUACAAUAUCGUGUUCUCAUUAUUUUAGGAUUACGCAAUAUCCCUCUACAAUAUAUACUAUUCACAACGUAAACUGCGCUACCUCAGAAAAGCCUGAAUUCGUGUUAUAAUAGAUGCACGAAAACGUAUAUGAAUAAUACAUUUUUCAUCCAGUAUAAAAAUGAUAUCAAUUACCGAUCGUACUUUUUUUAAUAUCAUUGACAGAUGACGUACACAGCUUGAAACAGCAUUCAUACUUUCUAAACAAUGCUCGUCCCUCCAUUGCGUGGUAAUGCAUUUUUUUACAUUUAAUUUAUCCAACCCUCUUUCGAUAUAUAACGGCAAAACGUGCCAAAAGCUCUCGCGCUCAUGUUCACGAGUACGCGCCCGAAGCUUUUAACGAGAGCCCGAUUCGCGUUGGGUAUUGUGUGCGAGGCACACUGGCCAAAAAUUAGAUCAAGUAACCAAGAUGCCUCGAAACGCAGCAGACACGGAGUCUAACGAGACGGACUACCAUCAGACCGAAGAAUUAUAUCGCAGAACACCUUACCCACCGCAAAAAUCAAUGGUACGUCAGUCGUACGAUACGACCAGACGAGAAUCUUGUGCCAGAUGUGACCCGCCAAUGAUGCAGUUUGAGAGCAGGGAAGCGUCACGUCGCAAACGAAAAACGAAAAAUCAUCUUCAACACUGCCCAUCCUGCCAUUGUCCACCUUAUAGUAUGAAAUACUCACCAGCCAGAACAAGGAACACUGAAAAUGUUUAUGCACUACUGGACCAGUACGAACAAUUUCUUGCAAAGUCCAUGCAUCCAGGGAGAAAAUUACAAAGUCCACGAUCUCCAAGAUCAGCCUCUCGGUGCAGACCCUCCACUAUAGUGCAUUGUUCGAGGAAGGGAAAUUCUGGAGGUAAUCAGCAGUUGAAAACGACUGAGACCGAUCCUAUACUUCAGGAGUUGAUGAGGGACAUGGUCAAGACAGGAUUGGCGGACGAGGAUACUAAGGGUUACCCUAGAUACGAAUGUGCGCCGAUUAAGAGCAUUCACAAGAAAGAUAACUCAUGGCAACAGCAGCAGGACGAAUCGGAUGAGGAGAGUAUUCGGCCGAUUAAGCAUGUACAUGAUUAUCCGCAUACAAAAAAGCAAUCGAGUGUGGAGUCUCAAAAACGGGACGGUACUUCCCAACCCAUAGAAAAGUAUGACAUUCAAAAGGAUGAAGAGUGGAAGCAACUUCAGCGAGACAGAGAAGAGUUAAAUGAAUUAGAUUCAGAGGUGCGUGAAUUUGAAAAGUGGAAAAAUAUUAGACAGGAAGAUAAGGACGCUAAUACGACCGAGAAGCGGAAAGUUAAUUUCUUGCCAAGUAAACUUCCGGUGCCACAAUUCAGUAACGUUCGGCCAGGUGCAUUUGAUACUUCAAGAAGUAAAAGUCCCAAAGACCAGGCAAAGGAUCGUGUACGCAAUGUAGAGGCUAGUACGAGUUAUCACUCCAUGUUAACGGCAGACAAGAACUUGAAGGCCACAUCAGAGUUCAUGGAACAGUUGGACCUCACAAAGGAUGAGAAUCUGGAACAGGAGUUGAAGAGCAUACCGUACUGUGAAACGUAUCGCUGUCCAUCCCUUCCAAAUUCGCAAUCGAUAAAACCAAAAGUGGAGCGUCCUAGCACUGAUAACAAUUUGAUCAAUGAUAAUCAAGCGGAUGCAAAUCUUACUGAAAAAAAUGUCUACGCCGGUGGUGGUGAUCUCGAUUUUCAUAGCAGCAAGUGUUACAUCGUCGACCUCAUAGACAGGGCGCUCAGCCGAGAGCUGGCAACUAUUCCGCAAGAGAAAAAGCUGGAUGAUCUCGUGGGACAGCGAGAAAUAACACGAACCCUCCAGGGCGAUUGCUGCCAGUCACUACCACAUUGUCUGAGCAAUCAAGAGACUCCGGACUACGUGAGACAGUUGAAAGUCCUUCGCUGGGCAUACCUAAAUCACAUUCAGGAUGAGCUAAGAAAACUCCAGGAUCUGGAACGCUUUCUUGAUACGUGCUCACCUCGGCAAUCUCUACCAAUUUUGCACGCACAAACGACGACCAGCGACACUAAGAGAGAACACAUGUCUACCCCGUAAUCAGAUUUGGCGACUGUAGUUUUAAAUUCUAAAGGUGCUCAUUGUAAAAUGUGUUUUUCCUUGUAUUUAUGCAUGAUAUACAAUACACGUUGGGCGUAAGUGCCAGUAAAUGUCGAACGAGGUCGAGAUCGAAGUUCUCUCCUCAUUCUCCUCCACAGCGCCCUUAACUGUUCUUCUUUUUUCUUUGUCACU